AUGUCGGGGAACGCUGCGGCGAAAACAGCUAAAAUAGAGGUGUGGUGGGACAUGAAGGACUGUCCGAUUCCGGAGGGGUAUGAUGCUCGUCGGGUCCGUCCAAGUAUAGAAAGGGCGUUGAAGGAACUAGGCUACUCGGGUCCUGGGUCAAAUACAGAUUUUAGGGCAUGGAAAGUUGAUAAUCCUGCUCCGGCUUCAAUUAUGAUCAUAUCGGAUGAACUGGCUUCCAGCAAGUACCGUUUAUCACUUAUUUGCCGGAAACUACAAAAGAGUAACUACAACUGUUUUUUGGUUUAUUCAGUUAGGCCUUUUGAAAUGUCUGUCCUUCUCACUUCUGCGGAGUGGCUCUGGGAAAGCUUACUUUCAGGUGCUUGUUUCUUGUUUGUUCUCUCAUGUGUAACGAAGACGUGGGCAAGGAACUACCCGGCCACGCCUGAACACGCCACCGCUAAAAUACAUGUGUUGUGGGACAUGAAUGACUGCCCUAUUCCUGAGGGAUAUGAUGCUUGUUGUGUCCGUCCAAGUAUAGAAAGGGCGUUCAAGGAACUAGGCUACACUGGUCCUGUCUCCAUCACAGCCUUUGCCGACCAAAAACAAACCCCUGAUCACCACCUUCUUGCGCUCUCUUCCACUGGUGUCGUUUUUGCUCAUACCCUCUUUCCCUGGGACUUACACAGUCGCAUGAUUACAGAUUGUGAGGAAUGGAUAGAAGAUAAUCCUGCUCCGGCUACAGUUAUGAUCAUAUCGGAUGAACUAGCUUCGCCCAAGUCCCAUUCAUCACUUCUUUGCAGGAAACUACAAGAGAGUAACUACAACUGUUUUUUUGGCUUAUUCAGUUAGGCCUUUUGAAAAGCCUAUCCUGGUCUGGGAUAGCUUACUUGCAGGUGUUUGUUCUCUCAUCUUCCACUACUACAUUACCACCAAAUUAAUUACGCUGAGCUUCUUUUUUUUUCCUCCACAGUUUCAGAGACAAAAAGAAACAUUCUUCACAAGUGCAGUGAAAGUGAAAG